AUGGAAAAGACCGAAAAGACUCAGCAGAUUGUGCAGCAAGAUCUCCUAGCCGAUGCAGAAGAUGCAACGAAUCGAGAUCACGAGUUAACUAUUCUUCAAGCCAUAAAGCUUUAUCCCAAAGCUGUGGCAUGGAGCGUCGUCAUGUCCACUGCGCUAAUCAUGGAUGGCUACGACACCAAACUCAUCGGCUCCCUCAUUGCUCAGCCGGCAUUCCAAGAAGCAUAUGGCAAUCCUCAAGGAGACGGUACCUAUCAGGUUUCUGCACCAUGGCAAUCAGGACUCUCGAAUGGGUCCAACACAUGUCAGAUGUUAGGGCUUGUCAUCGGAGGAUAUCUUAGCGAGAAAUUCGGAUUUCGAAAGACGAUGCUGAGUGCGUUGAUGGUCAUACCUGGUCUAAUUUUCAUCCAAUUUUUCGCACCGAGUCUUGCAGUCUUGGAAGUGGGACAGGUGCUUCUUGGCAUCCCUUUGGGCAUGUUUCAGACCGUGACUACCGUGUACGCUGUGGAAGUAAUGCCUACAUGCCUCCGUGGUAUGCUGACAAGCUAUGUGAAUAUGUGCUGGGUCAUCGGUCAACUCAUCGCUUCUUGCGUCCUUCGCGGGGUCCUGAAUCUACCGGGGCCAUGGGCCUAUCGGAUUCCUUUCGCUAUCCAGUGGUUCUGGCCUCUUCUUUUGAUGGUCGGGGUCUACCUUGCCCCCGAAUCUCCCUGGUGGCUCGUCCGCCAGAAUCGCAUUGAAGAAGCCAAAGCCGUAGUUCGUCGGCUCACGUCGGCUCAAAAUGUGGAUUUCGACGUCGAUAAACAUGUCGCCCUGAUAUCUCUCACGACCGAGCACGAGAGGGCAAUCAAUACUGGUACACACUACGUUGCGUGUUUCAAAGGAACUGAUCUCCGUCGAACAAUCAUCGUUAUUGGUUGCUAUUGCAUGCAGGUUCUCAGCGGUUCCACCCUAAGGGCGUACGUGACAUAUUUCUUCCAGCAGGCCGGGUUGCCCACUGACCAGGCCUUUAAUAUGUCAAUUGUUGCAUAUGGGCUUGGUCUGAUUGGAGUUGUCGUAGCGUGGUUCUUGAUGCCUCACAUCGGCCGCCGCGCGUUGUUCAUCUGGGGUCUUGUCGGAGUCGGCAGCAUCUUUCUCGGUGUGGGUGGCCUUGGGAUUCCUCAAUCGACCUCGCCUUCCUCAGCGUUGUCCUGGAGUAUUGGAGCUCUCCUGCUCGUCUCGGUCUUCGUCGCCGACGUCACUGUGGCUCCCGUCUCAUUCACGCUGGUCUCGGAGAUUCCAUCCUCACUCCUCCGAAGCAAAUCUGUGGUGAUUGCCCGAUUUUCUUAUGCCGCCCUCAACAUCGUCGCCAACGUCAUUACUCCAUAUCAACUAAAUCCUUCUGCUUGGGGGUGGGGUGCGAUUUCCGGAUUCUUCUGGGCCGGCUCUUGUUUUCUAGGACUGAUUUUUUCGUACUUUUUCGUCCCGGAACCCAAGGAUCGUACCGUUGCAGAACUGGACCUGCUAUUUGAGAAAAAACUGCCGGCACGGAAAUUUGCAAAGGCAGAAGUCCACCUGUCCGAGGUUGCGGCAGAGAAUAGGUUUGUGUAA